GUAGGUGCAGAGUACCGCGGUGGCGUCUGGGUAGUUUUCUUGGUCUGUGUUUUGAGAAAAGGGAGCACGCUAACUCGUUUUCGUUCUCCGGACAAAUAACGCUUUAAAAUUCAGUUUUUGGGUUCCGGUUCUGGUUCAGACUGAACUCUACGCUCGUUAAUUUUGUGUGUAUUUUAUUUAAUGUCCCCAAAAAGUUGAAUUGUGUCGUUAAUUAUUAGUGACAGAUGUAAAAUCAAUGGUAGCUACAUGCUAACUCAGCUGUCCAAAACGGAGAGGAACAGUCAAAAUAAGUUCUAUUUGUUUAAUAAUGAAAAGGAAGCGAAUAUUUAUAGAAUAAUGUGUAAUAUAAGUAUUUCCUCCAUAUAUACAUUAUUGUUUUAAUUGACAAACGCGGCGCUGCUGAUAUUGAUUGACGGACAGGAGGAGGGGAGAGAAAAAUGGAUGAAUGCGCCCAAAAUGUCGACGACGUGGUCAUCAUCGUUGAGAACGAGGCCGAGAGUCUGCCAGCCGGGGAGGAGAGGCUGAAGCCGCAAGGCGCCUUCGGCCUGAUGGACACAUGUCCCAGCUGCAGGCUGAGCUUCCACAACAGAGAGCCCAAGCUGCUGCCGUGCCUGCACUCCUUCUGCAAGAGGUGUCUGCCCGUCCCAGGCAGGAGCGCGGACCCCCGGCGCGACCUGCACGCGCCCCUUGACGGCAACAAACCACAGAAUUCGGUUCGAUGCCCCGUGUGCAGACAGGAAUGCUGGGAAGUGGACAUAUUGGACAAUUUCUUUGUAAAGGACUCUGCUGAGGUGCCCAGCAGCACGGUGGAGAAAACCAGUCAGGUUUGCAUGAGCUGCGACGACAACACAGAGGCGACGGGCUACUGCAUGGAGUGUGUGGAGUUUCUGUGUGUGACCUGCAUCGAGGCACACCAGCGGGUCAAGUUCACAAGAGACCACACCAUACGACAAAAGGAGGAGAUGUCUCCAGAGGCGUUGGGAAUGUCGACUCAGCGGCCCGUCUUUUGCGACGUCCACAAGCAGGAGCCACUGAAGCUUUUUUGUGAGACGUGUGACCGGCUCACCUGCAGAGACUGUCAACUCCUCAAACACAAGGAUCAUAAUUAUCAGUUUUUGGAAGACGCAUACAAAAACCAUAAGCAGUACCUGGAGACCAUGACGCUGCAGCUGCAAGAAAAACGGAAGGCUAUUGAGGAAGUGUCGCACUGUAUCAACAAUGGACUGCAGCAAGUUGAAGAAAACCGGCGGGCUGUCACAAAUGAAAUAAAGAAGUCUAUCUGUAACCUAAUCAUGGAGAUUAACAAGAAGGGAAAGAUCCUGGUGAACCAUCUGGAGGCUUUAACGAAAGACCACGAACUCAAUUUGAAGAAGCAGCAGGAGGACGUGCAAUCUCUAACCAAACACUUGGACCACGUCAUCAGCUUCACCAAGUGGGCCACCGAGAGCCACAGCGGAACGGCUCUGCUCUACUGCAAGAAACUGAUCCUGUACCAGAUCCAGUACCUCAUGAGGGCGAGCUGUAACCCCUCCAUCGUUCCUCAGAGCUCUGUGCGCUUCCACUGUCGUUCUGGUUUCUGGGCCUCAAACGUGGACCUCGGGUCACUUGUAGUGGAAAGAGGUCCAGGGAGGCAGCCUAUGACCAACAACCAGACCGGUCCCAGAGCAGAGGCUCCCCUCGGAGGCCUGUCCAUGUCACAGCAGCAGCAGCAGCAGCAGCAGCAGCAGCAGCAGCAGCGACAGAGCACUCUGGCGCAGCUUCAGAUGCAGCCCCAGAGGCCGCCUGCUCCCAACCACUGGUCCUGGUACCAGAGUGUCAGACUCCCCGGACCUCUCGGCCCUCCACCCCCAACCAAGCCCAUCCACGGGGGGUCCUCCUCGCCCUCGCAAGGCCUCCCCGGCAUGGCCCAACCAGGGCGGCGGUACGGGAACCCCCAUUCCAACCCCAGAAGCCCCACGUCCCCGAUGCUGCACAGCUCCGCCUUCCCAGCUGCACAGUCUCUCAGAGAUCUGAUCAACAACAACUUCCCUCCCAAACCCGUGGAUGUUUCUCAGGGGCCGUCCCGCUACACGCAGUCUCUGGGCUCUGGAAGUUCUCCGCAGAUGUCGCUGCACCAGAGAUCUUUGCCAGAGUCUCCUCUGUUAAGGAGGAGUGAAGGUGGAGGCGCCAUCCCCUCUGUGUCCAUCUCCGUGCCCAGACCCAGCAUGACUACCAGUUUAGCCUUUGCAUCUGCAGACAAAACAAACGCGCUCAGUCAAAUGGCAGCACAACAACGGCAGGAUUAUCAUUUGGCUAAACCGUCCUCUUCAGACAGCAGAACGGGGUCGACUAGUUGGAAACAUACUCCCGAGCCGCCGUCAGCCCCUGCAGCCAAGCGCCGAAGAAGGUCAUCCCCAGGGCCAGUUAUUGUCAUCAAGGACGAACCCGAAGAUGAGGACGAAGUUCGCUUUGUGCAGUCCAGCGUUGGGUCCAGCCUGCCGGACAGCAGCACCGGAGCCAAAUCCAAGCCCCGGCAGCAGCACAAAGGGCCCGCUCUGGCCCCGGCCCCGGACUCCAAGGACCACCGUCCUCAGCCCCCAACGCAGCAGCUGGCGUCUGAGAAGAAGGCGGAGCCAGAGGAAGACCCGAACGAGGACUGGUGCGCCGUCUGCCAGAACGGAGGCGAGCUGCUGUGCUGCGACAAGUGCCCCAAAGUUUUCCACCUGUCCUGCCACAUCCCCUCUCUGAACGAGUCCCCCAGGAAACACGGCGGUACAAAGAGCUGGUGAAAACGCCGAUGGAUUUAUCGAUCAUAAAGAAGAAGCUGGAGUCGCAGGAUGAUGGCAGUUACGUCAAUCCCGAGGAGCUCGUCACUGAUAUCAGGCUUAUAUUUUUCAACUGUGCAAAAUACUACAAGUCGACGUCGGAGAUCGGUUGCGCAGGCUUGUACCUGGAGGACUACUUUGAGGAGCAGUUAAAGCUCAUCUUCCCAGACCGGCUCUUUCCUGGAGGAAGGGAAGAACAGAUGAUUCCUCCUUUGGAGGACGAGAUCGACGACGAGGAGGAACCGAUCAGGGAGGACACCGCGGUUUCCUCUGAAGAGAAGCCUCAGAGUCCCGCCGGGAAGGAAACCCCUCGAGCAGAAGAAGAAAAAGCCGCAACGAAGAGCAAUAAGUCGGAAGAAGAGAAACCGGAAAGGAGCGAGGAGGAGGAGAAGGACAGAGCGGCGGCAGAUGGAGAAAAGGGCGUUCCCACAGAGAAGAUGAAACAGGAAGAGGCCGCUGUGGAGAAACCGGUGGAGAACUGCGUAGCAGCUGCGACUGAAACUGAAGGGAAAACGUUCCUGAAAGAGGAGAUCCCUCAGCUCCCUAUAGACAAACCUCCUGAAACCCAGGAGAACCCUGCUCCUACAGAGGAAACCGUGGAAGACAAAGGCUAAACCGCUCACUGAACAAAACAUGGACGAUUUUAGUCUUCCACAGUCCCCUACAUGUCCUGCAAUGACAGUUUUCAUCAUAUUAGUGUCUGUAUUUAUAGGGGCUACAACAACAGCUGCAACAAGGAGAAGAAACCUGUCACUUAUCUUUCUGUGACGGAAAAACGCACAGAAAGAAACAUAUUUAAGUUUAGCUUACUGUUGUUGUACAUAUGUGUUAAUUCUGCAGAACAAAACUGUUUUUGGUUUAGUAUUGCAUGCAAUUUACUAUGAUAUAUUAUUAAGUACAUCAUCAGCACUGCUUUUUUGUGUUUAUUUUUAAAAUAUUUUAGUCAUUUUCAUGAUUUUGAUUCUCUAUCAUGUUUUGUUUUGAAUGGAUUUUCUUCCCAGGAAGCACUGUAGACUGUUUUAAUGUGAAGUGCCAUAAAUACACCCACUCACGAACCGCCACAGACAGUAGGCGUCCAGAUUUUAUUAACGUCUUAUCAUCGUAAGACGACGCAGAAACAGAUAAUCCCCGUUUUCAUCGGUCUCUGUUUUCCAGUUUCUGUCCUUGCCUGCCAUGUCAAAAGCUGGAGGAGUUGCCCUGAGAAGAGGUUAAAAAAAUACAGAUCAAGGGUACUAGAAUUAUUUUUUGUGAAAUUCCCCUGUACAUUAACGCUUGAAAGGAUUAGAAAAUGUGAGAAUUUGCAAUGUUUAUAAUAAACAUGUUUAUGUCAUAUUUU